AUGGUGGGUAGAAGUACGGUAAAACAACGACCCGCACCAGCACAUGAAUCGGCCGUUAAAGAUCUUGUACAAACACCUACGUCAUUAGCUACAAGCAGCACAUCUGCCUUGUCAACACCAGUGGAUACAUCUCGACCACUUUUACCAAACGAUGGAAACUGCGAUUUUAGCGAAAUUGAUAAUCUAAUUCAAAGGUACUUAGCAAGCACGCAGUAUAAAACGGCAUUGUUUUGGGCGGACAAACGAUUAGCAUUAUGUCGGAAGAAUGGAUCCCAACCAUCACUCGUGGAUAUGGCGCGGUUUAUCAAGGUGUUGGCAGCUGCUGGGGAAUGGACGCGUUUGAUGGCUUACUGUGAUCGUCAUGAACUUAUUAUGAAACACAUGUUCUUCGCUUAUUUUUAUGUAAAUGCACUUUACAGAAAGAAAUUAUUUAUCGACAUACUCAAGUUAAAAUUGGGUACUGGGGAUAAGUGUCAUGAUCUCGUGUUCUCCAUUCUGCCCCAUAUGGUUCAACUCUCCAAACCAAAGUCUUUCGCCCCAAGUCCUGAAGAAAUAGCUGCGCUUGAUAAAAUGUCAGAAGAUUUGCAGAUCGAAGCAGGACUACUGCUUUUGCUAGGAAAAGCUUAUUUGAUGACUCAAAACCGUCGCGCAGCAUUCUCUUGUUUGCAAGGAGCUGUUUGUAAAGAUGAUUCUUGUACAGAAGCAUUUGAGCUUAUUCAAAAAUAUCGACUUUAUUCAAAACAGCGUUUUGAGGAAUUGAUUGAAAGAUCUGGAGAUAAAAGCAGUAUGAUUGUGGCUCUUCGAAACUAUUAUUUUUCUCAAGGAAGUAAAAAUGCAAGUUUAGAAAGUCUUCUGAAUUCGGAUAUCUCAAUAAAUGAAGCUUUAACAACGGAUUUAUCAAUUCUUACUGCACGAGCCGCACAUUUGUACCAAACUGGGGAUCUCACCGGAGCUUAUAAUAUCACAAAUGAAAUUUUGAAUGAGGCUGGCAUGUUUCAGGAUUGUUUGUUAAUUCAUAUUGCAACCUUGGUACAAUUGCGAAAAUUUGAAAGUCUCUUCAUAUUAGCACAUCAAUUGGUCGAUAGUCAACCAGAUAAUGAAGUUAGUUGGUAUACCGUUGGUUGCUAUUAUUAUUCUAUUGGACAGCUAGGAGCGGCGAAAAAUUUUUUAAGUAGGACCAUUUAUUUAGAUAAAUGUACAUCGAUGAACUGUACGUUUGGUGAAGGUUGGCUAGCAUUUGGACAUGCGCUUACUGCAGAAUCAGAGCAUGAGCAGGCAAUGAAUUGCUAUUUGAGGGCAUCGCGAGUGCUGGAAGGUAGCUUCGAACCAUUGCUGUACAUAGGACUGGAAUAUGCUUAUGCAAAUAAUACAAAGCUGGCCCAAGAUUUUUUGAAGGAUGCAGCUGAAAUAGCUGGUGAUAAUGCACUUGUGCUACAUGAACAAGGUUGCAUUUGCUACAUGAAAAAAGAUUGGAAAAAUGCUGAAACAUUUUUCACCAAAGCUCUACUGUUAGCAUACAACGAGACAAAUGAAUGUGCUAACGUAUAUGAUUUGCUAAAUCGACCACUGAGCGAAUUUUGGGAACCUCUCGUAAAUAAUCUGGGACAUGUAAAGUGCAAACUCGGAUCUUAUGAGGAGGCCAUCAAAUUUCAUCAGAAAGCACUUCUAAUGUGUCCAGGGAAGCUAGGUCCAAAUGCCGGAUUAGCAAUAGCAGCGGGCCGAGCUGGAGACAUUGAUCGAGCUGUUCAUUAUUUUCAUAAGUCACUUAGUGUGGAUCCACAUAAUAAGGUGUUGGAACAAGGACUUCAUCAACUCAUGCAUUUUUUGGGGACGCAUGGCAACUUUUCGGCAUCAUGUACCAGAACCCCUACUCUUAUGAUUGGAUCAUUCGAAAAAUUCUUAGUGACGAAAGCUGAUCUAGAGGGAGACGCUUACGAAAAGCAAGCUCAACAAAAAGCACUGGAAACAUUGAAGAGGAAGCGUACGAAGCGUGGCUCUCAAGAAGACUAUGGAAGGAGGAUGUUGGAUCAGCGUGCGAAAACACAUGAUAUCAAUUCAGCGGAUGUUGAGAUGACUUAG